AUGACUACAACUGUUACGGCAAAUAUCGUGCGACGCGCCGCUACUAUGGUGCAAACACGCCGAAUGCUUCACACCACAACUCCACGGGCAUUGGAUCUAUUUUCCUUUUUCCGAUCAAAACAAGCUUCCCCUGCUCUUAAGCCUGUGGAAGUCCCCAAGCCUAAGAAAACCAAGGAAUUACUGUCAGAGAUUGAGAGCGGCUCAGCUAGCGAUGUUACUCAACGUCAGGCACCAAAACUUGAGGUUAUCGGUCUCCCCAAUACAGAUGAAUCUUGGUCCUUUGAAAACAAUGGCUUUUCUCUCGCUGAAGCUUUCCCCAUCAAUACUGUGGCCCCAACUCUCGACCUGGCACAGGUGGCCACUGCCAUCCGCGUUGCUGCUGGCAUCAACACAGAUACUAACAACGACAGUAUAGAAUGGAUGAAAAGUGUAAGCCUAUUGGACUUUGGAACACGAUUGGAUUUUACCAAACGCGUAGCUCGUGAACUCGGAGUUGCCAUUCCAGAUUCGCGCUUAGCUGAAAUUGUGGACGCACAUGAUCUUUACAACUAUUUUGAAACAUUUGUUGCUGGAGUUCAUUUCAACCCUAAGGAACCAGAUGCCAUUUAUCUCGAUCCUAAGGAUUACGAAGGUACCAACAUCACCAUUCUUCCCAAGCCCUUGUCUAAGGGCGAGCAAAAGAAGAAAUGGGGCCGUUUGGUUGCCCAGGCUCGCAAGGCUCGCGAUGUCGAGGUCAAAGAACAAAUGGAUUCCGCCAUGAAUUAA